AUGCUAUCAGGACUAAAGAGCAAAAAUUUACUGACUUCUUUAAGAGUAAGCUAAAUUUCUGAAGUUAUUUGAUCUUAGUUUACUUUUGCCCGUAAUAAUUACGUAAACAUCUUUGUGAUUGUAGUUGUCUGGGUUAGCGAGGAGCGCCUUGAGAACUACUGGGAGUCGGGCUUUCCACUUUAAAGUCGAGGGAAGACGAUCUCAAGAUGGAACAUCGAAGAGUCAGGUUAGAUGUUGCUUUUUACUUUUUUCUUUUUUCUCACCCCAUUCUAAAUACAUGGCAAACUAUGUCCGAAAAAUGCGUUACAUGACAUUGUUGUUAUGCAAUACGUUGGGUGUAUUAUUGGACGUGCAGUCUAGCAUGGACUACUCGGAAGCUGUUUUUUGCAACUUGAUGACUCAAAAAAACCUUCUUAUUAAAACUUUGUCAUUUCAUACGAUUGUUCUUGGUGUUAUAGAUUUUAAACAAAAUGACUUUUUCCGGUGUGAAAUUUGUGGGAAUUGCGUGACUGAGGGCCUGAAUACUCUCAAAGCUACAUUUUGUAAGCCAAUUUUUGUUUCACUUCAAAAUUUAAUGUGUGUCUGAGUUGACUCAGGGCUAUCUCUGAAGCUCUUCUUGUAAUAGGUUGUGAAGACUCAAAAUUGAAAGUCCAAGGAACACAGUUUCACUGCAAAUAAAUGUUGAAGGCUUGAAAAAUUGAUUGAUUUUUUUUAUGUAGUUUAUUUCAGUAGUUGUUUGGUUAUGACAUGCAAGAAUACUGGACCAUUACACUUUAUGUUUUCUUUGUCUCUAGUUGUCAAGAGAAUACCCCGUGAUUGAUCACAGCUAUGAUGCCGUGGUUGUUGGAGCAGGUGGCGCUGGAUUGCGUGCAGCAUUUGGUCUUGCUCAUGAAGGUUUCAAGACAGCUUGUAUCACUAAACUGUUUCCUACAAGGUCCCAUACUGUCGCAGCACAGGUAUGUAAAAUUAAUGUGUAAGACAUUUAUUUUUUUUAGCUGAUUAACCCUUUAAGUCUCAAUAUCCACGUACAAAUUCUCCAGACUGAUCUCUAUAAAUCUCCUUAAAUAAUAAAUUGAGAGAAUUUGACAAAAGACCAAAGCAUUUACCUUUGUUGUUCAUUUGUUUAUUUCUCGUAACCUUUUCUCUUUUUUGUAUUUCAAUAUUAUUAUUAGAAAAAUUGACGUUGAUCACUCUUGCAAGGUGUUCAUUAGGCAUCGAAGAUCAGAGAAUUCCCGUUAACUGCAUAAAAUUUUCCGGCAAGUGUUCUGACUAUUUUUUAUUCAGACAUGGAGCCUCUUUCAAACUAUUCAUCUGUAACGUUACACCUUUCUCCUGCUUCUAUUUUCUUAGCGCAAACCCUGCUUUUGGGACUUAGAGGGUUGCUGAAAGCGUAAAUUUAAUUUACAGACUUAGGACUGAAAUGCUUUCAUUCCUUAAUACAUUAUAUUCUAACAUUAUUGUUUUUGUUUUGCUCCACAGGGAGGAAUUAAUGCAGCACUUGGAAACAUGGAACCAGAUAACUGGCGUUGGCACAUGUAAGUAGCUGUUACUGUGCUGUACAGGAAGUAAGUUCCAGGUUCUUGAUUAUUCAAGGCUUCAGUAAACCACUCUAGGGAUAAUGUAAGAAAAAUUUGAAUAAAAAGUGUUAACCAAGGACUGAACAUAUCAGCUGAAUAAUAGACAUCCAUUUCCUUGGCCAACUUGAUGCUAACUGAUAGGUUUUCUUGGAAUAUAAAGCAACCAUAAUUAUUACAAUUUGAAUAAAAAGUGUUAACCAAAGACUGAACAUAUCAGCUGAAUAAUAGACAUCCAUUUCCUUGGCCAACUUGAUGCUAACUGAUAGGUUUUCUUGGAAUAUAAAGCAACCAUAAUUAUUACAAUUAUUAUUUUGUCAGAAUUGGUUUGGUGGAGUGGUCUUACAUGUAACUGCAUGUAGGUGACUGUUUUGAUUUUGCUCUUUAUACUUUCCACCUGAAAACGUUUGUCUUUACUGGCUGAUUGUUAAAGGUAUGACACUGUGAAGGGCAGUGAUUGGCUUGGAGAUCAAGAUGCCAUUCAUUAUAUGACAGAGGAAGCUCCCAAGGCAGUUAUUGAGGUUUGA